GACUUUCCCGCUCUGCUCGCCCUUCUGUGAUGCUAGGAGGGGGAGAUAGGGCCCUGACUUGCGUCUCUCGAUUGUUGUUGAUGCUGAUUACCUGAUGUGUUGCUCCACGUCUUCGAUGUGGCUUGUAAUUUCUUCCUUAGUGUCUCGCAUCCUUGAUGUUACUGGCUUUUGAGGUUGGUGUUCUGUUUCAUUGUUUGAAAAAGAUGUGAAGAACCGGGGUUGUCUGUUGCAGCGUUAUCUAACAUGGGUGGGUAGCCUCUUCUUAUGCUGCUCUCAUUUUCUUUCUCUUUUGUCUUUGUUUUGCUUUUCAGUCCUUCAGGAAUACACGUCAUAUAGCCCAAGAGGUGGAAUGGUGAUGUCUCCAUGAGGGAGCCUCCUCUUACUCAUCCUGUCACGUAUAUCAUGCUGCUCUUGACUGGACCAUUCAUCUAAGAUGGGAUUUACCCUGUGAAACAGGGAGAAGACUUAUGGACUUCAAACACCAUUUCAAGUUGUAAUUGAGUUUCUUAAAAUUCAGACAUACAUGCAAAGCUCUUUUGCUUUGGACCCUCUCCUUUAUUAAAGCUGCUGUGUUGCUGACCCAGAACUGCUCCAGUGUAUUGACUGAUCAUCAUGGCUUCAGUUUGGAAGAGACUGCAGCGUGUGGGAAAACAUGCAUCCAAGUUCCAGUUUGUGGCUUCCUACCAGGAGCUGAUGGUGGAGUGUACUAAGAAAUGGCAACCAGAUAAACUGGUGGUAGUUUGGACAAGAAGAAGCCGAAGGAAGUCUUCUAAGGCUCACAGCUGGCAACCUGGAAUAAAAAAUCCAUACCGUGGUGUUGUAGUAUGGCCUGUUCCUGAAAACAUUGAAAUCACUGUGACACUUUUUAAGGAUCCUCAUGCAGAGGAAUUUGAAGACAAAGAGUGGACAUUUGUCAUAGAAAAUGAAUCCCCUUCUGGUCGAAGGAAAGCUCUUGCUACCAGCAGCAUCAAUAUGAAACAGUACGCAAGUCCAAUGCCAACUCAGACUGAUGUCAAGUUAAAAUUCAAGCCUUUGUCUAAAAAAGUUGUAUCUGCCACUCUCCAAUUUUCAUUAUCUUGCAUAUUCCUUCGGGAAGGAAAAGCCACGGACGAAGACAUGCAAAGUUUGGCUAGUUUGAUGAGUAUGAAGCAGGCUGACAUUGGCAAUUUAGAUGACUUUGAAGAAGAUAAUGAAGAUGAUGAUGAAAACCGAGUGAACCAAGAGGAAAAGGCAGCAAAAAUUACAGAGCUUAUCAACAAACUUAACUUUUUGGAUGAAGCAGAAAAGGACUUGGCCACUGUGAAUUCAAAUCCAUUUGGUGAUCCUGACUCAGAAGAACCAAUCACUGAAACAGCUUCACCUAAAAAACCAGAAGAAUCUUAUUAUAGUAACAGCUAUAAUCCCUUUAAAGAGAUACAGACUCCACAGUCUUUGAACCCAUUUGAUGAGCCAGAUACCUUUGUAACUAUAAAGGAUUCUCCUCCCCUAUCUACAAAAAGAAAAAACGUAAGGCCUGUGGACAUGAGCAAGUAUCUCUAUGCUGAUAGCUCUAAAACUGAAGAAGAAGAGUUGGAUGAGUCAAAUCCUUUUUAUGAACCCAAACCAACUCCUCCUCCAAAUAAUUUGGUAAAUCCAACUCAAGAACUGGAAACUGAAAGGAGAGUAAAAAGAAAGGCUCCAGCCCCACCUGUCAUCUCACCAAAGACAGGAGGAGUAAAUGAAAACACAGCUGUUUGUGCAGGAAGAGAUCGCUCGACUUCUCCUAAGCCAAGUCCUAUACCAAGUCCUAUUUUGGGGCGAAAGCCAAAUGCUAGUCAGUCCCUGCUUGUAUGGUGCAAAGAAGUUACAAAAAACUACCGGGGAGUAAAAAUCACCAAUUUUACUACGUCAUGGAGAAAUGGUUUAUCUUUUUGUGCAAUAUUACACCACUUUAGACCAGAUUUAAUUGACUACAAGUCUCUGAAUCCUCAAGAUAUUAAAGAGAACAACAAAAAGGCAUACGAUGGAUUUGCCAGCAUAGGAAUUUCCCGAUUAUUGGAACCUUCUGAUAUGGUUUUAUUAGCAAUUCCUGACAAGCUGACUGUUAUGACUUAUCUUUAUCAAAUAAGGGCACAUUUCAGCGGCCAAGAACUAAACGUCGUUCAGAUAGAGGAAAACAGCAGUAAAAGCACCUAUAAAGUUGGAAACUAUGAGACAGAUACAAACAGUUCUGUUGAUCAGGAAAAGUUCUAUGCAGAGCUUAGUGAUCUGAAGCGAGAGCCUGAACAGCAGCCUGCCAGCGGAGCAGUAGACUUCUUAUCGCAGGACGACUCCGUAUUUGUAAAUGAUAGUGGGGUUGGAGAGUCAGAAAGUGAGCAUCAAACUCCUGAUGAUCACCUUAGUCCAAGCACAGCCUCCCCUUACUGUUGCAGGACUAAAAGUGACAUAGAACCCCAAAAGUCCCAGCAGAGCUCUGGGAGGACUUCAGGAUCCGAUGACCCUGGAAUGUGUUCCAGUGUGGACUCAACCCAAGCACAAGUUUUGUUAGGCAAGAAGAAACUACUGAAAGCUGAGAUUUUAGACUUAAGUGACUUAUAUGUUAGUGAUAAGAAGAAGGAUGUGUCUUCACCCUUAAUUUGUGAGGAGACAGAUGAGCAAAAGCUUCAGACUCCGGAAGUUAAUAGUAACUUGGAGCAAGAAAAAUUGGAGAAUUCCAGACCCUCAGAAUGCAGAUCAGAUCCUGAAUCACCUAUCAGAAAACCAAGUUUAUCUCCCACUUCUAAACUUGGAUACUCGUACAACAGAGAUGCAGACCUUGCGAAGAAAAAACGUAUGUCCCUGAGGCAGACAGAGUCUGAUCUGGAUGCUGACAGAGCCACUGUAAAUCAUGCAGAUCAUUCCACGAAGUCAGUCCAGCAUCGAAUGUUAUCCAGACAAGAAGAACUUAAAGAAAGAGCAAGAAUUCUGCUUGAACAAGCAAGAAGAGAUGCUGCUUUAAAGGCAGGGAAUAAGCAGAAUACCAGCGCAGCCACACCACUCAGCAACAGGCAGCUAAGUGAUCAGCAAGAUGAAGAGCGACGUCGGCAGCUGAGAGAGAGAGCUCGUCAGCUAAUAGCAGAAGCUCGAUCUGGAGUGAAGAUGUCAGAACUUCCCAGCUAUGGUGAAAUGGCUGCAGAAAAGUUGAAAGAAAGGUCAAAGGCAUCUGGAGAUGAAAAUGAUAAUAUUGAGAUAGAUACUAACGAGGAGAUUCCUGAAGGCUUUGUUGUAGGAGGUGGAGAUGAACUUACUAACUUAGAAAAUGACCUUGAUACUCCUGAACAAAACACUAAGUUGGUAGACUUGAAGCUGAAGAAGCUCCUAGAAGCUCAGCCACAGGUGGCAAAUUCUCUCUCCGGUGCUGCCCAGAAAGCUGUAGCCGAGAGCUCAGAGCAAGACAUUAAGAAUGGCACAGAAGAUCUCCGGGCUGAGCGACGGCAAAAGGCAACAGAACGUUUUAGAAAUCCUGUUGUGUUCAGCAAGGAUUCUACGGUCAGAAAAACUCAACUUCAGUCUUUCAGUCAAUAUGUUGAGAAUAGACCAGAGAUGAAACGGCAGAGAUCAAUACAGGAAGAUACAAAGAAAGGAAAUGAGGAGAAGGCGGCGUUAACUGAAACUCAGAGGAAGCCAUCAGAAGAUGAAGUGCUUAAUAAAGGGUUCAAAGACACCAGUCAGUAUGUUGUAGGAGAAUUGGCAGCACUAGAGAACGAGCAAAAGCAAAUUGACACCCGUGCCGCGCUGGUGGAGAAGCGCCUUCGCUAUCUCAUGGACACAGGAAGGAACACAGAAGAAGAAGAGGCAAUGAUGCAGGAAUGGUUUAUGUUAGUUAAUAAAAAAAAUGCCUUAAUAAGGAGAAUGAACCAGCUCUCUCUUCUGGAAAAAGAACAUGACUUGGAACGACGGUAUGAGCUGCUGAACCGGGAAUUGCGUGCAAUGCUAGCCAUUGAAGACUGGCAGAAGACCGAGGCCCAGAAGCGACGCGAGCAGCUCCUGCUGGAUGAGCUGGUGGCCCUGGUGAACAAGCGCGAUGCGCUCGUCCGGGACCUGGAUGCACAGGAGAAGCAGGCCGAAGAAGAAGACGAGCAUUUGGAGCGAACUCUAGAGCAAAACAAAGGCAAGAUGGCCAAGAAAGAAGAGAAAUGUGUUCUUCAGUAGGGCCAGACCAGAACCUCUCCCAACAUUUGAGUGUGUUGGGUCCCCAGACCAGAAAAAGUCAAACUCAUUGUUGAUUUAAAACGUUUCACAUUUUGUUUGGCUGGAUUGUACGUCUAUACCACACCACCCCUUUUCCUCCCCUGCCUUUCCAGAUAACACACAGAACUCCAAGAUAGCUUUGUUUCUGGAUUUGUUUGUGAGUUAAGCAUUUCCUUGAAAUCAUGUGAAAUUGAUUUGCACAGACACCUUGUGAGUGAAUGGUAUUUGAGGUGUUCAAGAAACUGUUCAAAGAAGGAAGAAUACCGUUUCCCUGAUUAUUUCCCUCAUUUUUUGAUGGGAGGGAAAUUUGAGAACAUUUUGUUGCUGUUGUUGUUGUUAAUGCAUAAUGAUGGUGGGAGGGGGGUAAGAAGGGAUAAGAAAAAUGUCACGAAUGAUUUUUUCCAGCCCUGCCAUAUGUAACACUUACUCUGCUACCUAAAUUUGAUAGUUAGGUCAUACUCAAUCUACUUAUUAAACUGUGUUCUAUUUACCAGUGGGGUUUUCUGCAGUUGUUUUGCAUUUCACUGUAAGGGUAAUAGAGUUCCCCUCCUCUGCUUGUCUCAGAGGACAGUCCUUUAACAGACCUUUAGCCUGAGACAGGCCCUGUGAUUUGAAGGUGAGCUGUGAGGAUGGGACUAACUGACAUGCAUCAGUUUACAAAGACAGUCGUACCAUCCGAGAAUGCACCAUCUUUUUCUCUGGAUAAUUAUUUAUUACAUCUAGCUUAGUUCCUACAUUUUAUUGGGUCUCAACAUUGGCCCAAGAAUGCUGUUAAUAUUUAUUCUGUAUUGCUAGAAGUCUGUCUUGCCACUGUGAGUAAAUCCCCCAGUUAAUAUUUUCUUCUCUACCAUAGCGUGUCAUUUUUUUUUUGUGAAAAUGGUUAUCUGUUUAUUUAUUACUGAGUCAUAUAUAAAUUUUCAAUAAAAGCAGAAACUUUCUUACCUUAAGCACUGCUGCUACUUUCUUGCAAUGAAAACUUGACACUUUGGUUUGAGUGGAAGUUUGUGUAUCCAUAACACUUUUCAUCUGGAAAAUGGUCCUCUGGAACGCAGUGCAGGCUGUAUUUGGAGCUGAAUAACUUUACACCAUCCCAGAGGGGCCCUGCUGACACACGAAUUCAAAUUGAAUAGCAGUUAGUCAUAUUUUCUUAAGCAGUGGAAACUCUCAUCCAGAAAAAGGGUCAUCUCUUUUAUUAA